UACGCUCUUAUUCGCAGAAGCCACGUUAGGUUUGUCUUGAGUCUCUCAUCAGUACCCCGAAUCAUUUCCGUCAUUCAGUUUGGAUGCGGUCAGAAGCGGCAUUAAAAUGCGGAACCAUUCUCUCCUUUUUUGGGUUUUAUUAUUCGUGGACGGUGUGUUUGGUUCCGAUGAAACAUUCGUGUCGGUGUCUGUGAUGAAGGGAGAUACAGUCACUCUACACACUUAUGUUUCUGAACUACAGAGUGAUGAUAUAAUAGAGUGGAUGAGUAAAGAUGGCGUGUUUAUAGCUAAAAUUGAAAACAAGAAAAUCUCAGAAAAGUAUGUUCCUGAAAAGAGAUUCCAAGGCAGACUGGAGCUGGACCCCAAAACUGGAUCUCUCACCAUCAGAAACAUCACAGCAGAACAUGACGGAAAUUAUAAACUAGACAUCAGGGGUCAACAGCUAAUAUCCAAGAAUUUCAGUGUAACUGUUCAUGAUGAUGUGGAGUCAGUCUCAGUGACUGAGGGAGAUUCUGUCACUCUACACACUAAUGUUAAAGUACAAAGAGAUGACCAGUUAUUUUGGAAGUUUGAAGAUCAAGACAUCCCCAUUGAUCGCUUAAACAGCGCUGGCGACUCGGGAUGGAGUAACGCUCAUCUGAGUAAUAAGACCGGAGAUCUCACCAUCAAAACCAUCCAAAUGAAACAAUCUGGAGUUUAUAAAGUGGAGAUCACCACAAUCGGUAUGAUCUUACACAGGAAAUUCAAAAUGACCGUCGAUGGAGUAAAAAACGUGUCAGUGAAGAAGGGGGACUCUGUCACUCUACGUACUGGCGUUAUUGACAUACAAAGCUAUGAUCUGAUAUUGUGGAAGUUUGAAAACCAUCUCAUUGCUGAAAUAAAUAAAGAGACUAAUAAAUUCCUAUUAUAUGACAGUAGUGAUAAGAGAUUCAAAGACAGGCUGCAACCAAAUGAAAAAACUGGAUCUCUUACCAUCAGUGACUCUGAAACCACAGAUUCCGGAGUUUAUCACCUAAACAUGAGCUGUAGCACAUACACCUUACAGAGGACCAUCUCUGUUACUGUCAAGGGUCUGUCUGUAACUGACAUAAUAUUGAUAUCUGUCAGUACUGCACUAGUGAUUGCAGUUGUCCUUGCGAUUUACCUUUACUGCAGCUCAAGACAAAGGCGUGACAGAGUUCUGUAAUCAGGAGGCUCAGUGUGCAAUUUUCAGUGAAAAUCAAUUGAAUCAUCUUCAGGAAUCAUCUUUCAUCUGCAUGAAUCCAACCAUACAUAACCACAGUAACAAUAUAAAGGUACAAUGUAUAAACAAGAGCUGUACUACAAACAGAUAAUCAAAGCUUGGUUGAUGUAUUAGUUUAAAUCAUACACUGAUAGUGUAGUCUUACAGUUAAUCUGUAUUUGAGAGACAGUGUGUUUAAUGAGCAUACACAUUUUUUUGCUGUUACGUGUUUAUUAACGCUUAUACUAUAGGUAAUUUGAUAUGUUUUUGACAGAGAUAUGUUUUGUGUGCAAUAAAUAAGAUGACUUGUGUGAGUUCCCUGUGAGGAUAAUUGGUCUGUUGUGUUAAAAAGGGUUUUCAUCCUUAAAAUGAGCUGGUUCUGGUAAGGGAUCUCUCUGUAAAAAAACAAAAGUUGAUUCAACUUUAUGAGGAUUUAUUUGCUCAUCACUGAUAGCCAACCCUGUUUUCAUGUGCCAUGUGUGACCUAGUUUUUGUCUCUUGCUGAUUGUAUCAUUAUGUUCAGGUGUGUCUUGUCACUAUCCACAUUAGUUACCCUUUAUAAGUUGUAUUCUGUUCAGUGUUUGUUGUCAGGUGCUGUCUAUAUGUAAGUGUGGAUUUGCUACCUUUCUGCGCAAUAUAUGUAUGUAUGUAGAUUAUUAAAAGAUUUAAUAUUGUUAA